UUUCGGGCGUCGGCUUGUGAUGGACGACGAUUAUUAAAACUGUGUUGCCUUGUGUUCACUUUUAUAACUGAAUCGAUUGAAACUUUUAACAAUUAUAAUAGUAAGUUAUCAUCGGAAGAAAUUCAUAUGUAUCGAAAUAAUAUUGCAACGAGAAAUUGAUGAUAUCAUGGAAAACAGUGAAACAAAUAUUUAUAAACUAACCUUCCCUGUUACAGUGUAAAACACGGGGUGUAAUUUCAAAACAUCGUUUUAAGCAUUUAUUAGAAAUUGUAAGGAAAAGAAACUAUCGUAUUCACUGUAAAAUGAAUUACGGAAAAAAAUCUCCUAGCAUGGGUACACCAUCGGUAUACUCGCACGUUACUACACGUAGCAGCGCAAAUUUAAAAUCUUCACGAUCAAUGCGUAGUGUUAAAACACGUUGGUAUCAAAAACCAAUUUUAACGCAUUCGCAUUUACUUAAUAUUCAAAGAGGCGCUGUGUUUACAGCUAUAUUUGCAUUGUGUUUAGCCAUUUUUACCAUUUGUACGUCUAUAUUUGAUCUUUAUUGUCUUUACGAAGCUGCGCCAGGUUCAACCCAUUAUGGCUACUAUGUAAUAUCCUAUGAAUUUGUUUAUGUGGGCAAUCGGCAUGUACGUAACGCUCUUGUUGUUUUUGCUUUGUUCUCUAUGCUUGGUGGAGUAGUAGUGUUUGCAACAUCUGUGAUGUUGAUAACUGCUUUAAGAAAAGAAUAUGAAAAGAAGAUGGUACCAUGGCUCUACAGUUUUGCAGCUUUCACUGUUUUCAGAUUUCUUGCUUUUAUCUUCUUCAGUAUAGUAAACGACAUGAUAUUUGCUUAUAAUAUUACAAUGUGUAUUUUGUGGAUGACAUUCAUUUGUUUUUCCAUUUACGGAUGGUUAAUAGUAUAUUCUUUAUAUGUGGAAUUAUGCGAUCUUACAAGACUAGAAGAUUUAGCUCACUUAAGAAUUGGGACCAUGCAAUCAUUGAAUGCAUCAACUACGCAGUCCAUCGCUGGUUCUCGUCCAACAACACCACAUAGCGCGGUAUCAGCACUGCCUGUGAAUUAAGGCAGGAAAAUUUGAAUGAUCUCUACAUUCCAUCAAGUUGUGACAGUGUCAUUAUUUUCGUUUCAUCAAUAUGAAUAAACACCUUACAUGGAAAUGGAAAGGAUACGAGACGAGGAAGCUGGAUAUAUGUACACGUACAUAUAUGGUGUUAAGAUACUUGUUUAGCGCAAAGCGUAAUAUAUAUAUAUAUAUAUAUAUAUAUAAGCGUAUAUAUAUACAUUAA